CUGCUUGGCGGGGGUACCAUGAAGUCCCUGCUCCUCAGCCGCUUCCUGCUGCUGCUGCCCUGGGGGCUCAUCGUCCUCCUCCUGCUGGACACUGACAGCAGCCGGGCGCCGCUCGCGCCCCCCGCCCGGUCCCCGCAGCCGACAGCCCCCCGGCAGCCGCCGCUGCCCCCCAUCUAUGCCAUCACCCCCACCUACAGCCGCCCGGUGCAGAAAGCGGAGCUCACCCGCCUGGCCAACACCUUCCGCCAGGUGGCGCGGCUGCAUUGGGUCCUGGUGGAGGACGCGACCCGGCGCAGCGAGCUGGUGAGCCGCUUCGUGACGCGGGCCGGCCUGCCCUGCACCCACCUGCACAUCCCCACCCCGCGCAGGUACAAGCGGCCGGGCCUGCCCCGCGCCACCGAGCAGCGCAACGCCGGCCUGGCCUGGCUCCGGCAGCGACACCAGCACCUGCCGCCGCCGCAGCCCGGGGUGCUCUUCUUCGCCGACGACGACAACACUUACAGCCUGGAGCUCUUCGAGGAGAUGCGUACAACCCGCAAAGUAUCUGUGUGGCCUGUGGGGCUAGUGGGAGGUCGAUGGUAUGAGCGCCCUGUAGUGGAAAAUGGCAAAGUUGUUGGCUGGUAUACUGGCUGGAGAGCAGACCGUCCAUUUGCCAUUGAUAUGGCAGGAUUUGCUGUGAGCCUUCAAGUGAUUCUGUCCAACCCUAAAGCUGUAUUCAAACGUCGUGGGUCUCAACCAGGAAUGCAAGAAUCUGAUUUUCUGAAACAGAUAACAACUGUGGAGGAACUGGAACCAAAAGCAAACAAUUGCACAAAGGUUCUUGUAUGGCACACUCGAACAGAAAAGGUAAAUCUAGGUAAUGAGCCAAAAUACCACCUAGACACAAUUAAAAUUGAGGUAUGAUCUAGAGAUAUAACUGUGU